UUAGCACGUGUGAGGCAGUUAGAGGUGCGUGUGGGUGAGCAGAUCUUUACCCAGAACAGGGGUGCGCACUGUGCACCACUAUCACAGACCUUAAAAACCAGCUCCAGCACGCGCCUCCCCUCUGUCGCCACGCGCUCCCUUUUGUUAUAUCAUCGGCAUCAUCAGCCAUGCUCGCACCGGCAGCUCGCCUCGCCGCCAAACGCUUGCUCGAGGUCCGCCACAUUUUCCGUCGACCUCUUCCUCAUCAGGCCGUCGGAUCCUCCACUUCUCGAUCCUUCUCCACUGCCCUAAACUACCAUCUCGACUCUCCGGACAACAAUCCCAACAUCCCAUGGGAUUUCACCGAUGCGAACAAAGAAAGGGUAAAAGAGAUAUUGUCCCACUAUCCUUCAAACUACAAGCAAUCAGCAGUAAUUCCUUUACUGGAUCUUGCACAGCAACAACAUGGAGGGUGGCUAACCGUUUCAGCAAUGAAUACUGUAGCUAAAAUUAUUGAAGUUGCCCCUAUUCGUGUAUAUGAGGUCGCCACAUUUUAUUCAAUGUUUAACCGAACAAAGGUAGGCAAGUAUCACCUAUUGGUUUGUGGAACGACACCUUGUAUGAUACGUGGUUCGCGUGAAAUAGAAGAAGCUUUGCUAAAGCACCUGGGAGUGAAGCGCAAUGAGGUAACAAAGGACGGGUUGUUCUCUGUUGGGGAGAUGGAGUGCAUGGGAUCUUGUGUAAAUGCUCCUAUGAUUACCGUGGCUGACUACUCCAAGAGUUCAGAAGGAUACACUUAUAACUACUAUGAAGAUGUGACUCCGAAGAGAGUUAUCGAGAUCGUAGAGAUGCUGAGAAAGGGAGAGGCCCCUCCGGUUGGCACACAGAAUCCACAGCGUAUAAUGAGCGGCCCUGAAGGAGGGAACACCACUUUGCUGGGGGAGCCGAAGCCGCCUCCAUGCCGUGACCUUGAUGCCUGCUAGAGCACUGCAGGAAAUGUGUCUCCAAUAAUCCAAAACUUGGAAUAUUUUUUGGCUUUGCUUCCCUGUUCUGGAAGCUCUGGUAGUGUUUGUGCUGGACCCCUGCUUUCGGUUCCCUACCAGCAUGGCUUUAGGUAGAGAGAUUAAUUGAAAUUCUGUGAAAUUUUCUUUUGGUGACCCAAGUUUGGGAAUUCCUUCGGUGAAAGAUCAGUGACGGAAAAUAUGGUGAAAUUUACCAGAAAUUCGGGAUCAUGAAAUAAAGUGGGAGGAUUGUGUACA